CUCAGACUGAAGCAGACAAAGGCGAGGGAAGAGACGGCGUGCCGCUAUCCUGCAGCAUCGACUCACACGUUUACGCGCACACACACACACGCUCUCUCUCUCUCUCUCUCUCUCUCUCUCUCUCCCCCGCAAACACUCCCUUCUCUCCGCAAGCAAGAGACGCAGACUCUCAGGAGCUGUUCACUACAACCACCAAACAACUGUCACAACCAUCUCAACGAAAGUCAUCAUGGAGCUGGACUUUGGGCAUUUCGACGAGCGAGACAAGGCCUCUCGUAACCCGCGGGGCGGGCGCCUGAAUGGACUUCCCAGUCCAACCCACAGCGCCCACUGCAGCUUCUACCGCACACGCACCCUGCAGGCCCUCACCAAUGAGAAGAAGGCCAAAAAGGUGCGCUUCUACCGCAACGGAGACCGCUACUUCAAGGGCAUCGUGUACGCCGUGGCCAACGACCGGUUCCGCACCUUUGACUCGCUCCUGGCCGACCUCACACGCUCUCUUUCCGACCACAUCAACUUGCCACAAGGUGUCCGCUUCAUCUUCACUAUUGAUGGCACCAACAGGAUCGGCUCAAUGGAUGAGCUAGAGGAAGGGGAAAGCUACGUUUGUGCAUCGGAGAACCUCUACAAGAAGGUCGACUACACAAAGAACGUCAACCCCAACUGGUCCGUGAACGUAAAGGCCUCAGCCAGUCAGAAGAACAUGCAAGCCUUUGCUGCCAGAGCUGCUGGCUUUUCCGGAGAGAGCAAGGACUUUGUUCGACCCAAGCUAGUGACGGUGAUGCGCAGCGGCGUGAAGCCACGCAAGGCCGUGCGCAUCCUGCUCAAUAAGAAAACGGCGCACUCCUUCGAGCAGGUGCUCACCGACAUCACAGAGGCCAUUAAACUUGAAAGUGGCGUGGUCAAGAGGAUCUACACGCUUGAUGGCAAGCAGGUUACCUGCCUUCAAGAUUUCUUUGGCGAGGACGAUGUCUUCAUUGCAUGCGGACCGGAGAAAUUCCGCUAUGCCCAGGACGACUUCUCUCUGGAUGAGAACGAAUGCAGGGUGAUGAAGACACCCAAAGGUCAACGUGGUUCAAUUAAGAGUCCUGGUCCGAUCAGGCGCAUGAAGUCUCCUGCUGAAUCAACCAACGGGACGGGUUCCAGCAGCCAGCUCUCCACCCCGAUUUCCAAGCAUUCCCCCACCUCCACCCCCAACAGUCCAGGCCUCAACAACAAGCAGAAGGAUCUGUACCUGCCCUUAUCUCUGGAUGACGAUGACUCUCUCAACGAAUCGAUGUAGACCCUCCUCCUGCAGCCUGCCUCCCUUUUUUGGCCUGAAACACAGAAGUUUUUAUACCUCUGCUGCUUUCCACCAUCACUCACAGUGCCACCUGUUGUCUAGGAGAAGCAUUCUUUGUCUCUUUGUAAGGCCUUAGCCACCAGGGCUACGACACCAUUUGCUGCUUGAGAAUAACACAAACACUGUUUCUAUUCAUUUCUUUUUAAAUCUGUUUCGACCACAUUGUAAAAAAAUAUGCUCACUAAUGUUCCGACGUAUGUUUCCAUGUGCAGGUUAGCUGCUAUUUCUCAAAAAUGGGCACACAGUUCACUGACCAGCAGAUUUCACUGUGUAAAAAAUUUCACUUUGGUCACUCAAGAUUUUUGUUAAAGGAUGCACUUUGAUUUUAAUAUUUCGGUCACAGAAUUCCAAGCAGCAAAUGGGUAUUUUUUAGGGGUGUUAGUCAGAGCUGACUCAACUUUUUCAUCACUUGUAUUCGUGACGUUCCUCCGUGUCCUCCUGUCCUACAGUCAAAGGUGUGAAAGGUAAUGAUUCCUUGUCAGAGGAAAUCUGCUAAGCCAGAUAAAGUCUUUCUUGCCCGCUGUAAAUACUGUGUAUAGCUAUCCAUCUUAACAUCUCAGCCCAUUGCCGUGCUUCCAUAACGUCACUACAAUGUCCGUCUAACAUUUGCUAAACAUGAUACAGGGUUUGGACAAAGUAAAAGAAGCGCCAAUUAAACGAAGUCCCACCACAGAGGGUGAGGAUGAGUGGGAUGCAGCUCCCAACUGAGGAUGAUUAUCAGAAGCCAAUGCCUCCUCAAUUCAUGUUCCCAACUGAAUAUAUAAACAAGAGGAUUAUAAAACAUCUAUUAAAAGUCACUUUUAAACCACAAUGGAGGCUUUAAAUUCCUUAUAUUGGCAGUAAUUGGCAUUAAUCUUGUCUAAUCGGGGACAAGGAAAUAACUUUGUAAGAAAAAAGCCUCCCACGUAGCCCUCUGUGAAGUCUUUGUGUUGGCGUCUCCUCUAUUUUGACCCUCUACAUAGACAGUAGGCUAUACAUGGUAUACCAUCUGUGUUUUAGAUUUUCACAAACUGCAGUGCAUGAUAUUGAUGAUUAUGUAACUUAAGACGAAGCUGAUUUGAAGGACCUAAUGGUGCAUAAAAACAACCAAAGGAAAAAUAUACUAGACCCUUUUUUUUAAAAAGCUAACAGAAAAAAGAAAGCUCACACAUUCAGUAUACCGUCUAAAUCAUUCCCUUUAGGCCAGGUGGUGAUGUUUUAUAGUACAAUAUGUGAAAUUGAAAGAUAAAUAAAUAAAGGUGUCAAAGCCAAAGUAUGAUGUUUUAAGUAUGAUGAUGAUUUUUAGACCAAUAAUUAUAGAAAAGGGAAAAUAUGUAACUUUAUUAGUUAGUAAAUAUGCUGGAGGCAGCACACCUGGAGAUUUAUGCAUGUUACUUUUAACGCAUCAAAAUAACGUUGAGAUUAAAUAACAAAUCACACUCAUCUGGGGCAAUUAGAGUUCUAUCAGGGCGCUCAACAGUAGUGGGGUUUCUUCUAUUUUGCAUGGCUCAGCAUAGUUCUCUGAUACGGAAAUCUUAACGGUUGUCUAAAUCUAUGUGUGGGUUUUAAAUUUUUAUAAAGUUUUAUUAAUUUAUAUCAAGGGUAUUGUCUAGGAUUUCUUUCUAGUUGCUCACAUGAGCUCUAAACACUAGUACUUUUUUCAAGCCUCUGUGUGCAACUUUCUACGGCCAUAUUUCUUUUUCUAUCGUCACGACUUGCGUCGUGUGUCUUACAAAUCCACUGAGAAGAGUUUUCUCAGAUCUUUGCAGGGAAUCGAGCCUGAGAAUCGCUAAAUUGGACAACGCUGAAGCACAAAGCAGGGAGCUACUUAUUUAUCACAGCAACAGACACUUUACGGUCUACUUGCCAGCAUUUAAAUGCGUGACAAUUCGUUUUUUAUUCAAAUAAAAAAAUGCUGCAGAUGUAGCAUCCUUUUAAUUAACAUCUAUGCAUUCGGAUUCAAGAAUAGUUAAAAUACUUUUUUCUUUUUCGGUAGGAAUGGCCUUUUUAUACCCAAUAGAAUAAUGAGAAAUAAACUAAGUCAAAAAAGAGUUCCAUUCAGGUAAAUCGAUUGUGAUGAUGUGACAGUCUGAAAGCUGUACGAGUGAUCUGGAUUAGGUUUAAAUAGCUGUUUAGAUCAGCCAUUUAUUGCUCGCCAAACGAUCCAGUGCUGAAAGCUACAUCUUUCUCCUGCAGGGAGUGCUGUCACGCCAGCACAACAGCUAAUAAUAUCAGCUAAUCCAACAGCAGGGACACCUCACUUUACCCGCCAUUUUGUACAAAACCCCCCAAUUGUUGUCACACAGUUCUGUAUAACCUUACAUGCUAAUAAUGUUUUUUGUUUCCUUGAUUUUUCUACAGCUUAUUACAGCGCUACAGUAUAUAAAACAUUAACAGAAAAUGUUGGUUGUCUUGUGUUAACCUGCCUCCACCAUGUAAGACAGAUGGUGUGAAUUCAUCACCUACAGUGGUGCCUUUUUUUUAAGGAUUACUGUCUUUUGAUAAAAAAUAAUGAAAUAAGACAUCGAAGGCUUGAUCUUUGUUAACAGCUGUUUGUAAAACAUUUUUAAAUGUCUUGAAUGAUGAGGCCUCCCAACACACUUUGUUUCGAAGAGCUACAGGACACUUUAACAUGGUGUAAAUACGCUCCCUUCCUGUUCUCUUUCAUAUGUAUGCCUUUCUGAUCGAAUGAAUGACUUUUUUUUUUUUUUUUUCUUGGAAAUUUACAAUGUCCUUUUUAGUGGUAUUUUGCAAUGUCACAGUGGCUUGUUUCAGUGGUUCAUUCAGUGUAUU